AUGGCUAAGUGUGCAUUUGGUGUGUCGAAGGUGGAGCACUUAGGUCACUUUAUCAGUGUUGAAGGGGUUUCAACUAAUCCAAACAAAAUACUGGAUGUACAGAGUUGGCCCAUUCCUAGCAAUAUUAUACAACUGAGGGAAAUUAUUGGACUUGCUGGAUACUACAGGAGGUUCAUCAAAGGGUUUGCUGCUAUAUACAGAACAUUACAUGAUCAACUUAAGAAGAAAGGUUUCUCUUGGACUGAAGAAUAUACUGCAGCUUUUAACCAGUUAAAACAAGCACUAGUUUCUGCAACUAUUUUAGCAAUGCCAUAUUAUGCCAAAUCUUUUAUUGUGGAAACUGAUGCUAGUGGUAAGGAUAUUGGAGCAGUUCUAAUGCAACAAGGGCAUCAUAUAGCUUACAUCAAACAGAAGGCCCUAAAACAUCUCUUGGAACAACAAGUUCAUACUGAUUUCCAGGUUGAUGGGAUCUCAAAGCUCAUGGCUUUUGAUUUCUCUAUUGAGUAUAAAAAGGAAGUGGAAAACAAGAUUCAAAAUACUUGGUACACUGAUCUAACACUGCAGUUGGUAAUCACUAAGCUACAACAACAACCUUAUAAAUCAUAUACCUGGUGUAACAACCAGCUAAGGUGGAAGGGCAGGCUUGUGGUUGGUGAUGAUAUGCAAUUAAGAACAACUAUCAUUGAACAAUGGCAUGCCACUCCUCAAGGAGGUCACUCCAGUAUGGAUGCUACCAUUAAGAGAUUGCAAUCCUUAUUCUUUUGGAAGAAUCUUAGCCAGGAUACUAGGAUAUACAUCAGCAAAUGUGAUAUAUGUCAAAGGCACAAAUAUGAUGUUGUUGCAUCUCAUGGAUUGUUGCAGCCUCUACCAAUUCCCGAAGGAGUUUGGACUUAUAUUUGCUUGAAUUUUAUUGAGGGUCUACCUAAGUCCAAUGGCAAUGAGGCGAUCUUGGUUGUGGUAGACAUGUUGAGUAAGUAUGGUCGUUCCAUGGCUUUGUCCCAUCCAUAUAAUGCUCAAUCUGUAGCUCAAUGA